UAACAAAAUGUUUUGACAAAAAAAGGGUAAAUGGGCAUAAAGGCCCAAAAUUGGUUGGUUUCAGGCCCAAUAUUGGCUAAAACCCUAAUUCCUCUUUCGUGUCCGCGAACUAAAACCCUUCCUCCCUCAACCCUCUCUUUCGCUGCUCGACAGAAACUCUGCAGUCGGCACCUGUAACUUUUUUCCCAAUCUCUGCACUUUCCACCGCCGACGACGCCACACUUGGUAAGCUCUGUGAUUCUUCAGCCAUGUCGUUGCUCGAAGUCAUUGCGAGAGCCUCGGCCAAAUCCCAAACCCAAUCCGCCCCAUCAGACUACCCCAUUGUUCUUGACCCGGAACCUAUUUUUGAGAAUUUGAAACCCAAAUUCGACGAUCCAAAUGCCUCGGCAGCUGCAAUCCCAAUCGACGGAUGGAAAAUCUCACAAACCGACUCCGAGCUCAUCGAUUCGGGCAAGAAAUUCUUCACCAAGCUUCAAAAGAAGCUAAAAAACCCGACCAAUUUCACCAAAGUUGAGUUCUUGGGAAUCCUAAAUCCGUUUCUCGAGAACAUUUGGGAGAAAAAGAAAGCUGGGGAAUCGAUUGGGGUCGAUUCGUCGAAUGAUGGGUAUUCCCGGGUUUUGAUUGAGAAAGUUGGGAAUUUGAUUGGCAAGGAUGUUGCUGGUUUGGUUUUGGAUUCCUGUGUUGUUUUGGAGAUUUGGGAUUUGGUAGGUGCUUUGAUUGCAAAUGGGGUUUUCCCCAAUUCUUGUUAUCAGCAUUUGGUUCCGAAACUCGUUGCAAAGAGGAGGUCGGAACUGCUUUGUCUUUGUGUUAAGCAUGCUUCUGAUCUCGGGUCAUCGGAGUUGCUGCUGAUCUUGAAGUACUUCCUUGAUCCGCCUAAAGACAGUUAUGCUAGCUCCAUGGAUGUGAGGAAGGAAUGGGAGAGCCGGGCAUUGGCCGCAGCUCAGAAGGCCGGAGAUCAGAGUCUCUCGGACAAGAAAUUAAGAGUUGCGAAAGAUGCUGCGGUUUUGCUCAUGGUAGCGUAUGAUGGGUUCUCUUCUGCAGAACUCUGCCUGCAUUAUCUGUUGGCUUCGAAGAACCUCGAUGAGGUGAUGUUUUCGGCCGCGAUUCGUAAGCUGAGUGGGAAGGAGAUGAAGAGCUUGCUGCGGUAUUUGGGUAAGUGGCUGAAGAAGUAUGAGAGGUUUCCUCAGGCAUCAACAGCGUCGGGCUUGAAGGCUUGUGAUUGGGUUCCUAAGCUUGAAAAUGUUGUAAAAUGUAUCGGGUUGGUGCUGGACGAGAAUUAUUCCGCAUUUGUGUUGCAUCCGGAGUUUCACGAAGAGCUGAGAUCGAUAAACGAAGUGGUUUCUUCCUUGACCUUGGAAGCAAGGCCUUGCUGUUCUGUGGCCAAUGUGGCUGGUAAAUUGAUGGCUGAAAUUUGAGUGCAAAACUAGCUUCCAUCACUAUGUUUCAUCUUCUUUCUGAAUUGUUUUUGUGAAAUUGUAAUUUUUCUUACUGAAAUUGCAGUAUCUAUAAAGUUCUAAGUUUCGAAUGUUCA